AUGGAAUGGGUGUCAUAUCCUUCCCCGAAAGACGAUCAGGUGGUACCACACACCCCUGAGACAGAUGAUGAGGAAUACGACCCAUGGAUUCCUAUACCGCCUUCACUUCUGGAUGUAAAGGAUGCGAAACCUUUCGAGGAGGAUGAGGAGCCCUUCGAAGAGGAGAAGGAGGAGGAGCCAUUUGAGGAUGAGGAGCUUGAUAAGGAGUUUGGAGGAGGUCCAAUGGAUAUCUCAUCAUAUCCAAAAUCAUCAUCCCAUGAUGAUCCAGUUGAGCAUGCAGAGACUCAAGAGGAGGAGCUUACCGAGUUAGAAUCCCUCCUAGAAGAGGCGAUCCCCAUCCUAUCGUUGAAGAAAGAGGCAUCAUCUCCUUCUCACCUAGGCCAUCCAAAAAGCCGAACCCCACCCACAAAUAGAUUCCCCAAGUGGAAGAGUAGAUUAGGGAGGAGGACAUUGGAUUUUAUAAGGUUGGAGAAUCCUCCCAGGCACUUUUGUGCGAUCCCAUUCCAUAGGAUCCCACAGAUAGAGCGAUCUCGGUGUUAG